AUGCCUUCAAGCGAGUUUUUCGGCUACACACUCACCAACAUUGGCCCUCUGACCGCGACGUUUACGGCCCCAUCGUCAUGUGCGACUAAAAGUGAUAUCUUAGUAUGGUAUUCGCGCCAUGACCCGACCCUGACGGCAAUAAGAGGAGACAGGUUUCUUGGCCAGGGGUCAUGUGUCGACGGAGUGACACCACGGGGCGGUUGUGCACCGUCCGGCGAGGCUAUUGACAAAAUUAUAUCGGCAUCUCCAACAGCCAGUAUCGUUUGGUAUCACUCGCCGGGAAUCGCCUGUCCUAGUGGCUGGACAACCGCCGGUAUUCUAAAAGGCGGUGCAGAACCAACGGGAUCAGGUAUAUUCAGUCAAGAGGCAAUCACACCGUGGGGAAACGAGAGUUCUUACCAAGCCAUCUUCCUUCCCCAAUUGUUCGCAAAUGUGCUUGAUACUGAUGAGACAAUGGCUAUGUGCUGCCCAAGUGGCUGGGGAGCCGAGCCGCUUGGUGGAUCAUGCGCAUCCUCAAUCGGUAAUCUCGGUUCAGUAGCGCAAUCGACUGCUUGUUAUAAGUACUGGGGAGACUUGGAUCUUGACGAUGUGUAUGUGACAUCGUAUGCCGGCAAGACGUGGGAUCCGCCUCUAAGAUCACAACCCCCCAUCACCGAAGAACCCAGCACCUCUACGAGGACUUUAGCCAAUACUGGAACUGGAACAUUUGGUCUUUAUUACGAAACGGACAGCGUUUACUUAGCCACGCAAACGGGAGGCUUACUCAUGAUCUACAAAGAGGCCGAACUAAACGGAUCAAAGGGAGAGGAUGGGAAAGGGGCAGGAACCGUAACAAGAGUCGGGAUUGUCUUACCAAUACUUUCUGUGGCGCUCUCCCUGUUCUUGGGUUCAGGAUUGGCGCUAUGA